UGUUUUUUCGGUGCAGUUCAGUUUUUUGACAUCUCGUCUGGCAGCUCGAGCUCUCUCACUGCUUUCGUUUUUAGGUGCUGUAGCUGUUUGCUGUUCGGUUGUUUGCCGUUGUGCGUGCUAAAAAAAAAUAAGAAAAAAAUAAUCUUCCUUUCUGUGGUGCAGCAGCAAGAGAAAAAAGCCAACCAACAAAAAAAAAGAAAUUUUACCCCAAAAUAAAUAAAAUAUAAAGAAAAAAUAUAUCAGAUAAUUUUUAAUCAAAUAAAAAAGUGGUGAAGUUUUAUUAUUUUAUUUUUAUGUGUAAGAUCCUUCUUCUAUUCACAGAGUGCGACGACAAUAGAAAAAUAUAUCCACCCAAUCAAUUGGAAGAAAAAAAAAAAAAAAAAUUGUAUACAAGAAGAAAAGUGUUAACGGUGCUUCUUUCAGCUUUCCAAUCGGUCGCUCUUCUCCGCUCCGAGGUUUUCUAUGUUUUUUUACUUUUCUUUUAUUUUAAUUUUUUCUUGAACGUCCGCUCAGCUGCCGUCGUUUUAGUCGCUGCCGCCGCCCGUUUGCCAUCAUCCUAGGAAAGCUCCUCUUCAUCGUCGUCUGUCGUCGUCGGUGUUUUUUUUUUUCUUUUCUUUCAACAAAACGACGACUUUUUUGUCGUCUUUCGUCGCCCCCUUGUGUGUUGAUUAUAUUCAAAUCUUUGCGGUGGGCCGUUGGCCCCUUUUGGUCCCCUUUUCCCUAUAAAUUAUCUGUUUUUUUUUUUCUUGUUAAUUUACGCCAAGUGCAACGCUGGUAUCGUCUUUUCGGUCUCUGGGAUUAAGUGAUUCGAAAUCGGGGAUUCUCGGGAGAGAAAAAAAAUUCAUGGGAGUUAUAAUUUAAUUUUUUGGUAUUUUUCCAUGGAAACUAGCAACAAUAAUAACAAGAAAAGCAGAAAAAACAGAUCAAAUUGGAGGAGAAACUAACAAAAAAAAAAGAAAGGAAAAAAAGGAUACAAAAUUGGCAGCAGAAAACAGUGAAAAAAAAAAGAAAAAUAAGGUAAAACACCUAAUUCGUGUCGGAUUUGGCCUUUGAAAAGCAACAAACAUAAAAUUAAAGAAUACCUCCAAUACCCAUUUAACGUAUUAGUUUCGCACAAAUGUAAUCUUCUCAGGAUUAUUAAUGGCAAUGAAGAGAAACAAGGAGCGGAUAAGCACUGAUUGAUUAUGUUGGUGAAAUCUCUUGUUGUUGGAUAUUUACAUAUUACUUAACAGGCUUUUCCUUGCAUAUCUUGCUAACCUAAAUCGAUAACCAAAAAUUGUUAACAAAACAAAUAAAUACAAAAGCCUCGAUAGAAAGUUUUGUAAAAAUGACUGCGCCAACAAUAAUACAACAUCUUAUACGCUAUAUAAUAAAUCAUCGUUCAUAACACGUUUCUUAUAGAAACUAAAACAAUCAGAAAUCAACGUGCAAAUUAAAUACAACAAAAUAAAGGACACACCAAACAACCAAAUCUGACGACUAACACGAAAAAGAAAAACAAAACAUAAAUUACAUUCCCAUCCAAGUUCAAAGGCGUUAAAAAAUAUUUUCUACGUCUAAAAACAAAACCUUAAUAAAUUAUCCCCAAUCAAUAAAAUGAUAAAAAUAUAUUUUCAAACAAAAAACACUAAAAGCUAAAAUAUUCUUAUGAAAUAAUUAAAAAAAAAAAAAAACUUAAGAGGAUCAUCACUAAAAUAAACCAAAUAUUUUUUUUUGUCACACAUGUUUUUUUUAUCAAAAGAACGACGCCAUCUAGUGCAUUUUUAUUAAAUUUUAUUAAAUUUAUUGUUAUUGACUGAUAGUUGUGUAAAUUUUAAAAGUAAAAAAAACAACAAAAAAAAAAACAAUUUUUUUAAUGGAAACAAAUGAUCUCCUCCUUCUCAAUCAUUUACACUCACACACGCUCACUACUACCUAUCUUCUUGCUGUCUCCUUCACACUUUGAUGAAUUAUGCCAAAUAAAUUGAUUUCGAAUUUUUUAAACCUAAAAAUUAACAACUAAUAAAAAUAUUAAAACAAUAAAAGGAUUAAGCUAAAAAUAAUACAUAAAAAGGAUCAAUUGCUACGCUCACAUAGGAAUUUAUUCAUAUACAAUAAUUAAAUAAAAUUAAAAUAUUUUAUUAAAAACUAAUUAAAACAUAGUCAAGGAUAUUGCAUUUAUAAACAAAUUUAUAAAAAUAAAUAAAAAAAAAAAACUUAGCAUUUUAUACGUCACAAAUACAAGAAAAAACAUCUCGGCAAAGUGAUAGAAUACAAAACCAGCUAGCCAGUUGUUAUUGGCUAACAGCUUAAUAAAUAAAUACCAACACAAAAAUAAAAAUUAAAACACACAAAAUAAUAACAAAAUGGGCAACAAAUGCUGUAGCAAGCGACAGGACCAAGAAUUGGCCCUGGCAUAUCCCACAGGAUACAAGAAAAGUGAAUACGCUUUUGGCAAUACGAAUAUUACAAGUGGACAGAAACACAACAAUGGUGGUUCAUUGGACUCCAGAUACACACCAGAUCCAAAUCGAGGACAGAUAAAAAUUGCUAGUAAAGGCGGUGUGGAUAUUAUUCGACCGAGGACAACACCAACAACUGUUCCAGGUGGUGUGGCCAAACGUCGAGUUGUUGUCGCCCUCUAUGACUACAAAUCCCGCGAUGAAUCCGAUCUCAGUUUUAUGAAAGGUGAUCGAAUGGAAGUUAUCGAUGAUACCGAAUCAGACUGGUGGCGUGUGGUCAAUUUAACUACACGCCAAGAAGGUUUAAUACCAUUAAAUUUCGUUGCCGAAGAACGAAGUGUAAACAGUGAAGAUUGGUUCUUUGAAAAUGUCCUGCGAAAAGAAGCUGAUAAACUUCUACUAGCCGAAGAGAAUCCACGUGGAACGUUUUUAGUUAGACCAUCCGAACACAAUCCAAAUGGUUAUUCAUUGUCAGUGAAAGACUGGGAAGAUGGCCGUGGAUAUCAUGUGAAGCACUAUCGAAUUAAACCGCUCGACAAUGGUGGUUAUUACAUUGCCACAAAUCAGACUUUCCCCUCGUUGCAAGCUCUAGUGAUGGCGUAUAGUAAAAACGCUCUUGGUCUAUGUCAUAUAUUGUCACGACCAUGUCCCAAACCACAGCCACAAAUGUGGGAUCUUGGACCGGAACUGCGUGAUAAAUAUGAAAUUCCACGAUCCGAAAUCCAACUUAUUCGAAAGUUGGGUCGUGGUAAUUUCGGUGAAGUGUUCUAUGGCAAAUGGAGGAAUAGCAUUGAUGUGGCUGUGAAGACAUUACGUGAGGGUACUAUGUCAACGCAGGCAUUCCUGCAAGAAGCUGCCAUAAUGAAGAAAUUCCGUCACAAUAGAUUAGUAGCACUUUAUGCUGUUUGCUCUCAGGAAGAACCAAUUUACAUCGUCCAAGAGUACAUGUCUAAGGGUAGUUUAUUAGAUUUUCUACGCGAAGGCGACGGCCGUUACUUACACUUUGAAGAUCUAAUCUACAUUGCCACCCAAGUAGCCUCAGGUAUGGAAUAUCUCGAAUCCAAGCAGCUUAUACAUCGUGAUCUUGCCGCUCGUAAUGUUCUCAUUGGUGAAAAUAAUGUCGCCAAAAUUUGUGACUUUGGUCUGGCACGUGUCAUAGCCGAUGAUGAAUAUUGUCCGAAACAAGGUUCACGUUUCCCUGUCAAAUGGACAGCACCCGAGGCCAUAAUUUAUGGUAAAUUCUCCAUAAAAUCAGAUGUAUGGUCUUAUGGUAUAUUGCUGAUGGAACUCUUUACCUACGGUCAAGUACCAUAUCCUGGUAUGCAUAGUCGAGAAGUAAUCGAGAACAUCGAACGUGGAUUCCGAAUGCCUAAGCCAACUAAUCAUUACUUCCCUGAUAAUAUCUAUCAUCUGCUGCUGCAGUGUUGGGAUGCUGUGCCAGAGAAACGACCCACAUUUGAAUUUCUUAAUCAUUAUUUCGAAUCAUUUUCGGUGACGUCAGAAGUACCUUAUCGAGAAGUACAGGAUUAAGACUAAAAAGAAAAAAAAAGAGUUUCUUUCGAAAGAGAGAGAGAAAGAGAAGAUUAUUAUGAAGAGACCCAAAAUAAUUUUUAUUUUGUAUUUUUUGCUAUUUCAAAAGAAAACAACAUAAAUAAGAAAAAAUUAUUGUUUUUAUUAUUAAACACUAUCAUUAUAAUCAAAUGUUUAUCUUUCUCUCCCCCGCUCAUGUACUCAGUCAGUUCUUAUACAUAGCAUUUUGAGUAUAUAAAUAUUAUAUACAUUUUAGACAACAAUUUAUACCAAUUUAGUUUAUAACAAAUUUUUCAAUUUAUAAUUAAUUAUUAAUUUUUUUCUUUCUCUUUUGUUAAUAUUGAAGAAUAUUUAUUGUUUUUUUUUAUUUUAUUUUAAGAAUAGUGACGAACAUCACUUUUUCUAUUUCAAAUAUUUUUUUUUUAAAUUGAAGUUUAUUCAUACAUACAUAACAUAUAUAUACAACACAAGAAUGUAUUUUUUACCUUAACUUAGUAUAUAAACAAACAAAAAGAAAAAAAAAACGUAUGAAAUCCUUUUUAAGUAUUAGAACCAAAAACAAACAAAUUUUUUACAAGACUUAUUUUUUCUUUCCAUUUUUUUACAAAACUUAAAAACAAAAGAAAUAAACAAGAAGAACCAUGCCGAGGGAUUCACUGAAUCGAAAAACUCAAUGGCAAGCAGUGCAGUUAACCAAAAUAAAUUAAUAAAAAAAAAUCUUAAAACAGAGAAUUUAAAUUCAGAAAAAAAAUCAUGUCAUUUAUAGCGACAGGUUGCAUAGCUUUUUAUAUAUUUACAAUGUGCCCCCAUCCCAUUGCAUUAAAAUUACAGCACUAAUUGCCAUUCAUGUUUGUCGGUCUGUAUCCAGUGAAUCCCCCAAAAAAAAAAGAAAUAAUUUCCAAAAAUAUAUAAAUAUAAUUUUUUUUUAUUCUUUUCUAUUUAUGAAUAUUUUUCAAAUAAAAAAAAAAUCACGGAUAACAGCUAAACAAAAAAAAUUAUUAAACGAAAUAAAAGUAUAAUUUUAAAAAUUACCAUAAUAAAAUUAAAUAUAAAAUAUAAUAAAAAUCGUGAAGUUUAUAUUUAAUUUAAUAGACGUAACUAAUCACUAAGAAAAAAAUUAAGAAAAAAACAAGAAACCUAGCUGUAAUCUUAAGGUAUAAUUAAAUGAGAAAAUGAAGACAAACAAGUAAAACAAAACCUUAAUAAUACAUAAAAAAAUUAUUAAACGAGAAAAAAAAAAACAAAUAUUUACCUACUUUUUACUAUUUGAUUUA